GAUAGAGAGAGAAAGAGAGAAAUAGAAACUUUUUUGGAUUGGAAUAAGCUUACUGUAAUUUAGAUACUAUAAAUAUAUAGAGAGCUACUGUAUUGUCUCAGUGUGUACUGUGUAGAGCUUUGUUUAAUAGGAUAGGAUAAUAAUAAUUUCACCAUUAAAAGAUCGGGUACAGGGUGAUAAAAAAAAUUAGAGCAGGGAGGGCUGGGCUUGGGCGGUGGGAGAGGGAAGGGAAAAAGCACCUAAAAGAAUGAGAGUCUGGGCUACCAGCAGGAUAGCCAUACUAGAACUACAACUACUGCGUCUACUAUUACUGCUGCUACCAGAGUCACUGCCUGUUAUAGUCUUUCCACUGCUUCUGCUAUCAGGUUCCACAUUCAGUCACUUUCACACCAACCAACAUCAUGGGCAACUGCGGCACUAGAGAGGAAUCUGCUGUUGUCUCAAAUGCUCAAGUUCAACAGCAGCUCCACCAUAUGUUAUCAUCAUCUUCUGUGGGUGUUAGAAAUGUCCCCUCUGGGAAGAAGCACAGUCGGUCUGUAUCAGAUCUGAGUGAUCCUUCUUCUACCCCGCGAAACUUUGAGGAUUCCAGGAAGAAUGCUCUUCUUUAUACCCAUGUUAUUGACUUCACUUUAUAUGAACUCGAGACUAUAACUAAAAGCUUCCGCUCUGAUUACAUUCUGGGUGAAGGUGGAUUUGGGACUGUGUAUAAAGGCUACAUUGAUGAGAAUGUCAGGGUUGGCCUCAAAUCUCUCCCUGUUGCUGUCAAGGUUCUCAACAAGGAGGGCCUUCAGGGCCACCGCGAAUGGCUUACGGAAGUCAACUUUUUGGGACAGCUUAGGCAUCCUAAUCUGGUGAAGUUGAUUGGAUACUGUUGCGAGGAUGAUCAUAGAUUACUUGUUUAUGAGUUUAUGUUCCGAGGAAGUCUUGAGAAUCACCUCUUUCGAAAAGCAACUGUUCCAUUGUCUUGGGCCACAAGAAUGAUGAUUGCUCUUGGAGCUGCCAAAGGGCUUGCUUUCCUUCACAAUGCUGAAAGGCCAGUUAUAUAUCGGGACUUCAAAACCUCUAAUAUAUUAUUGGACUCUGAUUAUACAGCCAAGCUAUCUGAUUUUGGGCUUGCAAAAGCUGGGCCACAAGGUGAUGAGACUCAUGUAUCAACUCGAGUAAUGGGUACCUAUGGUUAUGCUGCCCCUGAAUACGUGAUGACUGGUCACUUGACUGCAAGAAGUGAUGUAUUCAGUUUUGGAGUUGUUCUUCUGGAACUAUUAACAGGAAGGAAGUCUGUUGACAAGACAAGGCCCAGCAAGGAGCAAAGCUUGGUAGAUUGGGCCCGUCCAAAAUUGAAUGACAAGAGAAAAAUGCUGCAAAUAAUUGACCCUAGAUUGGAGAACCAGUACUCUGUAAGGGCAGCACAGAAAGCCUGCAGCUUAGCAUACUAUUGUUUGAGCCAGAAUCCGAAGGCAAGGCCCUUGAUGAGUGAUGUAGUUGAAACUUUGGAACCUCUACAGUGCAGUAACGAUGGUGCUACUGAAGUCUCAUCAAUCCCAACCCUAGCAGGUGGUGCUGGUGCAUUUGCAAUGGGGGGAGUCCCUGAUUAUCGAAUGCGCCGUAGAUUUACAAACAAUGUUGGUCCUGGUUCAAGUUGUCGGUCACCUAAUCCUAAUUGCUCCCCAGGUGGUCCUGCAGCUUGUAGGGUUAGAUGAUCAAUGUCAAACGCUAUGUAUUUGGUGUGCUUUUUCUCUCCCAACUGUCUUUGGGAAUGACAAAUCUGAUUGUUAAACCAUGAGUGCAUUUGCUUCUUGGUAUUUCUUGUACAUUCUGUCAUCCUGAUCCCCCCCCAGAUGUUAAUUGUUGCUGUCUGACUUUGUGCUUGUAUUACUUUUCUAGUGUAAGUUUUUUUAGCAAUGGAAAUUGCCAAAUGAAACUAGCGAUUCCUGUGCAAAAA